AUGUCCAUCGCCUAUGGAAUGACGGGCAGCAACGAUGCCACAGCUGCUAAAUAUGGCGUCCCAAACACCAGCCCGCACUACAACCCCGACGACGUCGAGAACAACCUUGACGCCUCUACUGAAGACGGCUCACCUGCCGAGACGGUGGUCAAGGGCGAACAUGACGACUCCAAAGAGAUGCAUCGCCGCGCCUCGGUCGUCCAGGCCCUCGCCCGGAGCUACUCCCGGGCCUCGGGCGCCGCUGGCGACAACCCGUUCCUGGCCGGCCCCGACUCACCGCUGAACCCGAGCUCGCCCAACUUCUCCGGCCGCGAAUGGGCCAAGGCCAUCGUCGAGCUCGUCUCGCAAGAGGGCUCCGCCUUCCGCACCGCCGGCGUGUGCUUUCAGAACCUCAACGUCUUCGGCUUCGGCACCGCCGCCGACUACCAAAAGGAUGUCGGCAAUGUCUGGCUCUCGGCCCUGGGCGGCAUCCGCAACCUCAUCACCAACAACAAGCAGCGCAUCGACAUCCUCCGCAACUUUGACGGCAUCGUCCGCCGCGGCGAGAUGCUCGUCGUCCUCGGGCCGCCCGGCUCCGGAUGCUCGACCCUGCUCAAGACCAUCUCGGGCGAGAUGAACGGAAUCUACGUCAACGACGACUCGUACAUCAACUAUCAGGGAAUCGGGGCCAAGGAAAUGUACAAGCAUCACCGCGGUGAGGCCAUCUACACGGCUGAGGUCGAUGUCCACUUCCCCCAGCUCUCGGUUGGCGAUACCCUCACCUUUGCCGCGCGUGCUCGUCAGCCGCGCCAGCUGCCGCAAGGGCUCAACAGAAACGAAUUCGCCAACCAUCUUCGCGAGGUCGUCAUGGCCAUGUUUGGCAUCUCGCACACGGUCAACACCAAGGUCGGCAACGAAUACGUCCGAGGUGUCUCCGGUGGCGAGCGCAAGCGUGUGACCAUCGCCGAAGCCGCCUUGUCCGGAGCCCCCCUCCAGUGCUGGGACAAUUCCACCCGUGGUCUGGAUUCUGCCAAUGCCAUCGAGUUCUGCAAGACGCUCCGCCUCCAGACCGAGCUCUUCAACAGCACAGCCUGCGUCUCCAUCUACCAGUCGCCCCAGACCGCCUACGACCUCUUCGACAAGGCCAUGGUUCUCUACGAGGGCCGCCAGAUCUUCUUUGGGCACGCCAACGAUGCGAGGCAGUACUUUAUCGAUCUCGGCUUCGAGUGUCCCGCUCGUCAGACCACGCCCGACUUCCUCACCUCGAUGACCUCGCCGAUCGAACGAAUCAUCCGUCCCGGGUUCGAAGGACGGACGCCGCGCACGCCCGACGAGUUCGCCACGGCGUGGAAGAACAGCGCCAACUACAAGGCUCUGCAGGCCGAGAUUGAAGAGUACAAGACGAGCCAUCCAUUUGACGGUGAAGAUGCCCAGGCCUUCCGUGCCCACAAGAAGGCUCAGCAGGCCAGGGGCCAGCGCAAGGCAUCCCCCUUUACGCUCUCCUACACCCAGCAGAUCCAGCUCUGUCUCUGGCGUGGCUGGAAACGUCUCACCGGCGAUCCCAGUCUUACUGUUGGUUCGCUGAUUGGAAACUUCAUCAUGGCUCUCAUCAUUGGCUCCGUCUUCUACAACCUUCAGAAGAAUUCGUCGAGCUUCUUCCAACGCGGCUCCCUGCUCUUCUUCGCCUGUCUAAUGAAUGCCUUUGCCAGUGCGCUGGAGAUUCUGACGCUCUAUGCCCAACGCCCUAUUGUCGAAAAACACUCUCGUUACGCCUUUUAUCAUCCAUCCGCCGAAGCCAUCUCGUCCAUGAUCUGCGACCUGCCGUAUAAAAUCGGUAACGGUGUCGUCUUCAACUUGGUCAUCUAUUUCAUGACAAACCUGCGACGUGAGCCUGGACACUUCUUCUUCUUCCUGCUCAUCUCCUACGCUACCGUUCUGGUCAUGUCCAUGAUCUUCCGCACAAUCGGCUCGGCUACUCGAACGCUCUUCCAAGCUCUUGUCCCUGCCGCCAUUCUCAUCCUUGCCUUGGUCAUCUUCACUGGCUUUGUUCUGCCGACGAGAUACAUGCUGGGCUGGUGCAGAUGGAUUGGCUACAUCAACCCGCUCGCAUAUGCGUUCGAGGCGCUCCUCGUCAAUGAAUUCCACGGCCAAGAGUUCCCGUGUACCGACUUUGUUCCCAACCCCGCGGUCGCAGGCUAUGAGAACAUCACGGGAGACCACCGCGUCUGCAGCACCAUCGGCGCUGUUCAAGGUCGCACCAGUGUCAACGGCGAUGUGUAUGCUCGGAUGGCCUUUGGCUAUGAAUGGGGGCACCGCUGGCGCAACUUUGGUAUUGUCAUUGCCUUCAUCAUCUUCUUCCUUUGCUGCUACAUGGUUGCUGCCGAGUUCGUCUCCGAGAAGAAGUCAAAGGGCGAAGUCCUUGUGUAUCGCCGAGGUCACAAGCCCGCUGCCGUUGAAAGUGCAGAGAGGAAGCACGACCCUGAAGCUGCCAUGGCCAACAUUGGCCCUGUUGUCACGGCAGAGCGCAGUCGCGGCCAGGAUGGUGGUCUGCUGCAGGAGCAGACCUCCGUGUUCCAGUGGCAUGAUGUUUGCUACGAUGUCAAGAUCAAGAGCGAAACCCGCCGAAUCCUGGACCAUGUCGAUGGCUGGGUGAAGCCCGGCACCCUGACUGCGCUGAUGGGUGUGUCUGGAGCUGGAAAGACGACUCUGCUGGACUGUUUGGCUGACCGUGUCAAUGUCGGUGUUUUGACUGGUGAAAUGUUUGUCGAUGGCCGACCUCGCGAUACUUCUUUUCAGCGCAAAACCGGUUAUGUUCAGCAGCAGGAUCUUCAUCUCCAGACCACGACCGUUCGCGAAGCCCUCAUCUUCUCCGCUGUCCUCCGUCAGCCUGCCCAUGUCCCUAGAGCUGAAAAGGUGGCAUAUGUCAACGAGGUCAUCAAGCUUCUGGACAUGCAAGAAUACGCCGACGCUGUGGUUGGUGUCCCUGGUGAGGGUCUCAACGUUGAGCAGCGAAAGCGCCUCACCAUCGGUGUUGAACUUGCCGCUAAGCCUCCGCUGCUGCUCUUUGUUGACGAGCCUACCUCUGGUCUUGAUUCGCAAACCUCUUGGGCCAUCUUGGACCUGCUGGAGAAGCUCACCAAGGCCGGCCAAGCCAUCCUGUGCACCAUUCACCAGCCCAGCGCCAUGCUCUUCCAGCGAUUCGAUCGCCUCCUGUUCCUGGCCAAGGGCGGUAAAACUGUCUACUUUGGCGAGAUUGGUGAAAACUCAAAGAUAAUGACCGACUACUUCACACGCUACAGCAAGAAGGAAUGCCCCGAGGCUGCCAACCCCGCUGAAUGGAUGCUCGAGGUGAUUGGUGCCGCUCCCGGCUCGCACACUGAUCUCGACUGGUUCCAGACAUGGCGCGACAGCCCUGAACACAGGGAUGUUCUGCAGGAGUUGGAAAACAUCAAGGCCGAGAAGCUGCGAGAAUCCGAAAAUGCCAUUGGAUCAGCACCCAUCAACCAGGACCCCAACAGCUACCGCGAGUUUGCUGCGCCGUACACGGUUCAGCUGAAGGAGUGUCUUCACCGUGUCUUCCAGCAAUACUGGCGCAUGCCCAUCUACAUCUAUUCCAAGACUGCUCUCUGCACCCUCGUUGCUCUCUUCGUCGGCUUUGUCUUCUUCCGCGCCCCGAACAGUGUUCAAGGCUUGCAGAAUCAGAUGUUUGCCAUCUUCCAGCUGCUUACCGUCUUUGGUCAGAUUGUUCAACAGUCCAUGCCGCAGUUUGUCAUUCAACGGUCACUCUACGAAGUCCGAGAGAGACCCUCCAAGGUCUAUUCUUGGAAGGUCUUUAUGCUUGCUCAGAUCAUUGUCGAACUUCCGUGGAACUCUCUCAUGGCGGUCAUCAUGUACUUUGCCUGGUACUACCCGGUCGGCCUCUACCGCAACGCCGAGCCCACUGGUGAUGUCACAGAACGCGGUGCUCUCAUGUUCCUCUACCUGCUCAUGUUCCUUCUCUUCACUGGUACCUUUUCCACCUUCAUCAUUGCCGGGUUCGAAACUGCCGAGGCGGGUGGUAACAUGGCCAAUCUCAUGUUCACGCUCUGCCUCAUCUUCUGUGGUGUCCUCGCCAAUGAAAACAGCCUUCCCGGCUUCUGGCACUGGAUGCUUACAGUCUCGCCAUUCCGCUACAUGAUAUCUGGCAUGUUAGCAGUCGCGGUAGCCAACACGGAUGUCGUGUGCGCCGACAAUGAAAUCGUCACUCUGCAGCCCCUCGGCGGAACUUGCAUCGAGUAUCUGGGAGCCUACAUCGACAAGGUCGGCGGAAGCCUGCUCAACGGGAAUGCAACCAAGGACUGCAAAUUCUGCACCAUUUCCGACACCAACACGUAUCUCGCGGGCGUCAACAGCUACUACAAGGACAGGUGGCGCAACUUUGGCAUCCUCUGGGUCUACGUCUUCUUCAACAUCUUUGCUGCCCUGUUCAUCUACUGGCUCGCGCGCGUGCCCAAGAAGAACAGCUUGAAGAACAAGAAGGAGGAUUCGAAGAAGGGUGAAGCGCCCGUGGUUACGGAGGCUGCCAAGGCUUCGGAGAAGGAGAAGAACUAA